CUGCCAAACCUGACCUAUCAAAGAGAAGAAGAAGAAGAAGAAAAUGCAAAUGUCUGCUCUUCCAAUCCUUUUCCUCUUCUUCUUCUCCACACUAGCUCCACCUUUUGUUUUCUCUUCUCCGGUUCAAGAUCCUGAGCUGGUUGUACAAGAGGUACACAGAAGCAUUAAUGAAUCAAGGAGAAGCCUUGCCUACUUAUCGUGUGGAACAGGCAACCCCAUCGAUGAUUGCUGGCGCUGUGACCCCAGCUGGGAAAGGAAUCGGCAGAGAUUAGCUGAUUGUGCUAUUGGGUUUGGCAAGAAUGCUAUAGGGGGAAGAAAUGGUAGAAUUUAUGUGGUUACUGAUACAAGCGAUGAGGAUGCUGUGAAUCCCAAGCCAGGGACUUUAAGGCAUGCAGUGAUUCAAGAUGAACCUUUAUGGAUUAUUUUUCAAAGAGACAUGGUAAUCCGGCUUAAACAAGAACUAGUCAUGAACUCUUACAAGACUAUCGAUGGUAGAGGGGCUAGUGUUCAUAUUGCAGGAGGACCUUGCAUUACUAUUCAUUAUGCUACGAAUAUUAUUAUCCAUGGUCUGCACAUACAUGAUUGUAAGAGAGGAGGGAAUGGUAAUAUAAGAGACUCUCCACACCACUCUGGGUGGUGGACUCAAUCGGAUGGUGAUGGGAUUUCCAUUUUUUCUAGUAAGCAUAUUUGGGUGGAUCAUUGUUCGUUGUCCAAUUGUCAAGAUGGUCUCAUCGAUGCCAUCCAUGGCUCUACAGCCAUUACCAUCUCUAGCAACUUCAUGACCCAUCAUGACAAGGUCAUGCUUUUGGGCCAUAGUGACUCUUAUACUCAAGACAAGAAUAUGCAAAUUACAAUUGCCUUUAAUCAUUUUGGAGAAGGGCUUGUCCAGAGAAUGCCAAGGUGUAGACAUGGAUAUUUUCAUGUGGUGAACAAUGACUAUACUCACUGGGAAAUGUAUGCCAUUGGUGGGAGUGCUUCACCUACAAUAAAUAGCCAAGGGAAUAGAUUUCUUGCACCUAAUGACAGGUCAAAGAAAGAGGUGACUAAACAUGAGCAUGCACCGGAGAGUGAGUGGAUGCACUGGAACUGGAGGUCUGAGGGAGAUUUAUUUUUGAAUGGUGCCUUCUUCCGGCGAUCAGGGGCUGGAGCUUCAUCAAGCUAUGGCAGGGCUUUUAGCUUGAGUGCAAGACCAUCUACACUUGUGGAUUCAAUGACUAGAACUGCUGGUGCACUUAGCUGCAGGAGGGGUUCUCGUUGCUAGUCUAGUGAAAAUUGGUAACUUUGUAUGAGUACUAGCAAUAGAAAUUAUAAAAAGAGGGCACAAAAAUGAGAAAUAGGCCUUAACUGGUCACUCAUAUAGUGUGUACUAGAAGUUUUUUUGUGUAUCUUAUUUGUUGACAAGAAAAAAGUUUUUUUGAA